CACUGAGGGGGUUUCAGUGCUGAGUCAGUCACGAAUUUGGAGCUCAACAGUAACAGAUACGCAGCAUUUUCUUGACAGAAUCUACUACACAAAGGCAUUUAUUAACAAUUAAUGUAUCCACUCAACGAUUCAAUGAAGACGAUGAACCGAAGAUACUCUAUACUCCUUUCAAUAUUUAUCUGUCAAGUUUAUACAAUGCUGGCUCAGGACUGUCCCAGCAAGCGAGACAUACAGAACUCAAUUCAACAGGCUCACAAACUGCUUUCAUCACAGGAAUCUUCAUACUUGCAGAGUCUUCGUACUUUGAGGAAGAAACUCAACCUCCUGCAUGACAGUGUUGCACGCCGGCCCGCUAAACCAAAGAACUUCACUUGCCCCGACCUGGAGCCUCCUGUGAACGGCAGAAAGCUGGGCAAGGCUCUGCUCGCCGGCCAUGAAGUGCACUUCAUCUGUGACGUGGGCUUCGAGCUGCUGGGCUCCGAGACGAGACACUGUAAAGACUCGCUCAGCUGGAGUGGACAUCAGGCCGUCUGCAAAGAUAUCGACGAGUGUCUGUCAUCGCCGUGUGCCAACGGAGGAUCCUGUACAGACGAGGUGAAUGGGUUCAGCUGUUCCUGUGCCCAGGGCUGGGCCGGCCCGUCCUGCGAGUCUCCAACGCCCACAUUUUUUGUGAACGUAAUGAACACGUCCCCUGAUGGCGAAGCCUCCUCCUUCCCGCAGUCCCACUCGUCCGCUUUCCUCCGCCAGCCCGGGUGUAGUCAGACCCAGGGAACGACACACUGCACCUGUGAGCCGGGCUUCUCCAUCUCCGGCCGGGAGAACAGCGUCUGCACAGACAUAGAUGAGUGUAAGCUGUUCCACACGGGGCAGGCGGGCCGUCUCUGCUUACACACGUGUGUGAACACUGCCGGCGGAUACAGAUGCUCCUGUCCUGCCGGUUACAACCUGACCCGUGAUGGACGGAACUGCAAAGAUAUCGACGAGUGUGGAUCCGGGCAGAACAACUGCACACGUGACCAGCUCUGCAUCAACACCUAUGGGGGUUUUCAGUGUGUUAAAGUGGAGUGUCCACAGAUGAGGAACGCCAGCUACGCCAAAACCUCUCCAACGCGUUGCGAGAGGAACCCCUGCCCCGGGUCCAGCAGGACCUGCUCUCAGACGCCCGGCUCCGUGUCCCACCAUCACCUGUCGGUGGUGUCCGGGCUCUCGGCUCCUCGGGUCGUGUUCCGGGUCUCCGCCGUGAGGAUGAUCGGAGACUCGCUGAGGUUCGCUCUGCUGGGAGGACAAGCUCACCGGUUCUUCACCGUGAGGCGCUCAGACCGCCAGACGGGGGAACUCCUGCUGACCCGUCCGGUUCUGGGCCCGGCCACACUGGACCUGCAGGUGGAGAUGAGGGAGCUGGAGCGCGGAGAACUGCUGGGCCGAUACAUCACCAAAAUCACCAUCUUUGUCUCACCAUAUGAGUUUUAGAGUCAAGCUACAGAAGUUAAUAUC